AUGCCAUCAGUUAUUAUAUCAUCAUCCGAAGAAAGUGAAAGUGAGGCGUUUUCGUUUGAAAAACAGUCUAAUGAAAACAUCAGUCAAAAAAUGGCUGAAAGCGAUUCAGAGGACGUAUUUAUUAGUGAAGACGACGAUACGCCUCAAAAAGACAAAAGUUUGGAAAUGGGUGUUGGUAACGAAAUAGAACCAAACAAAUCAACAAAAAAAGUUACCGUAAAGCAGGAGGACGAACCAAAGAAGAGAAAUGCUUCUGACCUCAUUAAGGUGAAGGAAGAGAGUGAAAGCGGAGCUGCGAAGAGGAGACGUAUAUCUGUAAAGCAAGAACCAUCGAGGGCUUCUUCAGCGAAUGCCAGCAGCAAAAAGGGUGGAGAUACACAGAAAACCACCAAAUCUUCAACAGAGAAUGACAUUCCUGAUGAAAAGUCGGUAACUGAGGACAAAGAAGCGUGUAGAGCCACACAAGAAAGUGUAGAGAAUGCAUCGGGCUCGGAGAAUGAGUAUUCCGAGGAAGGUGAGGACAUCACUGAAUUUAAGCCUGGCCAAUUGCGAGCCACUCCAUCUCCAGGAUACGGAGAUAGAGUGUUCUACGAAUCUCUAUUCGAGCAAAAUCCGAAGAGCUUCAUGGCUCUCAAAUGGUGUGUUGAACACGGAGUGUUUUCAGCGAAGAAAAGUGAAAUAAUGCUGAAGGAGCUGCUGAUUCGAAAAGAGGAGAUGAAGAAGGGCAAGAAGUGA